AUGUCUUUUUUGGCCAAGAAGGAAGCCAAAUGGAAGAAGUUGCAACAGCGAUUCCGCAACACAGAUGAAAAUCCAGAAAAUAUUUACACAGACGUCAGAGAAGGACGCAGACUAGACAGACUGGGCUGGCUCGAACCCCAAGGUUCUUCGUCCCAAUCUACCGCACGAGAGGAAGAAGCCGCCCAUCCGUCUGCUACUGAGAGCGCUUUACUUCCAGAGCCGCCUCUCAAUACUCAAGGAACUUCCGACUCAUCUGCCGGACAGGCUUUACAGACAAUGGCAGACGAUAGAGGAGAUACCCAGAAUGCAAUGAAUGGCGAAGGGACUAGCGGCCUCCAAAAGACGAAGCGAGAUCGUGAUAUCCAAAAUUCAGAUGUCAGUGAUAGGGCACAAGAGUCUUCAGUCGACAAAAACAAGAGAAUGUGUCGAAGACCACAAUCUCCAGUUCAUAAUGGGUUUGCUCUCUUGACACAACGUGUAACCCACGAUAGCCCUCUUUUCGAAACUCUAGCCCAUGCACCAACCGAAGUCUCUACAAACGUUGCUGAAGUUAAUCACAAUGAUAUAGUUGCUCCUAAUCCUGGAAGUAAUACUACGGACGUCAACGGUUCAGACGAUGAUAGCAUGUCGCUAGAUGGUGAUUCAGACGACCAGGAGGAUUCCGCACGUUCCAAUAGUUCUGCUCAACACGAGAGCGACGAUGAUGAUAUCUACAACUCUGUAACUGACUCUGAUGAUGGGUUUCAAGCACGGAGGCCAAUAAACCCGCCGAGGCAAAGUCUCCUGGACCAGACCAUUGCUAAGUUACAAGCCGAAAGAGCCGCCAACUUGCAGAAGUUGCACCCAACCACGAGUCCUACCCCCAGCUUACCAACUCGCGGUUAUUUCAGCCCUUCUAAUGGGUUAUACAGCCGUGCAACGACGAGUUCGGCCUACACAACUGUCAUUGGCAAUUCGACCCCUUCCAGAACCGAAUCUCAACUGUUUGGAAGUGGCCAAAAGAUUCACCCCCGGCUAUUGAGGGUUAGAGCCGAGGCUGCCACACCUUUUACCUUGUUCGACAAUAGGAUAGUUGCUCGAACAAUGAGUGAUACCCAGACACCAGGAGGUUCUACUCCUGGGUGUGAUAUCGAAAUGAGAAGUAUCACGUCUACUCCAUUCUCUAUCAGUCCUAAUCAUGACUCCGGCUUCCGCUCAUCUCCGUUGAGGAACAGCCAGUUCAACCCCCCUUCAAUGUUCACUAGAGAUGGAGCGAAUUCUGGAAGUCAAGGUGAAUCUAACAUGCCGUUGCAACAUGACGACGCGUCCAAUGCGAAGACCGCACAAUGGAAAUCAGCGCAUGUUGACCAGAGAGGAGCCAUAGUCUCGGAAGACAAUAGUGCCGGUGCAGUUGCAAGUGAAUUUACACAAUGCAGCGCAAGUGAAAACUCAGAUUCCCACCAAACUUUCCAACCUCGUCCACAAAAUUCUCGACAACCACAACAAACACCGCAACCUCCGCAAAUUUCAUCCACCACAACAACUUUUGCAAACCGCGGCGAUCAGAGUGUUAACUCAGAGAGUACAUCAAAGGUUAAAUUCGCAAACAUGGCCCACACUUCCGGGAUCACAACUGGUCCAGAAUAUGAAAGUCAAAUGCAAGAACUUUAUGAAGAUCGAGAUGCACAAGCAGCGGAAGAACUUCGUGAAGAUCAAGAAGCACAAGAAGCAGAAGCAGCGGAAGAUUCAGACACUCUAUCUGACGUUCCAGAGGAGUUCCAUACUGAUCCUUCGGACUCUACCGCCAUGCCUUUUAGUGUUGCUCGUCCUGGUGCGGAGCCCGAAGAACACACCGCAGAGGACGACUCAGAGGACGCAGAAGCCGCCUCAGAUGACGAUUCAGGCGACGAUCAAGUCGUCGCAGGUCACGACUCAGGUGAUGACGAACCACUGUUUGCACCUGGUGCAUCAACUCGAGCUGCAGAGGCUGCACUUGAAUGCCAGGCAAUGCUUGGACCCACAAAACAGAACUCUGCUGCUGAUGAAGGUCAGUCUGAUCAAGUUCAAGAGCUUGAUGCAGAUCCAAAUGGUAGCACAAGACCGCCUACUCCAGUUUUCGAUUUCGAGACUUUGCCUGCUCACCUGCAGUACACAAACCUAAAUACCGUUAGUCAGCCAUCACAGCCAUCGCAGCCCGCACAACUUGCCCCAGCGGUAGUAGGGCCUGCAGUUGCGUCUCGCCAAGCACAGCGACACUCGGACAUAGAGGGUUUGAACGACAUGUAUGAGGAGAUGGAGGAGAUGCGAGAGGCCCAAUCACAAGCCGGCCACAAUGUGGUGAGUGCUUCAAGUGUCUCGGCAGACGCUCAGAUGGCCAAUGCUGUGGCUGCACCGGUCAGCGUUCCUGCUCAACCGCUUCGUGAGGUGCAAGCAUCAACUCAAGAUACUUCAUCGAGGGCUAUCGAAAGCGUUGACAACACUCGUCUACCCGUUGCUGCUGCCAGUGAUCCAAAAGGAAAAGCACCGGCGAAGGGGAAAGAAUCCUUCAAUGAGAAAACCCCCUCACCUGGCCUGUUCUCUCAUGGCAUUUCAAAGGUUUCAGAUGUCCUCAACCCAAGCUUCGGAACAGGUGUUCUCACAGGUCGUGCUGAAUUCGCACCAGCCGUGGAUUUCCCUGUGGCGGUCCUUCCAGCCGUCAAGUUCGGUGGAGAUGAGCCUCGCGAGGGACGUGUCGAACCUUCUCAUGAGCUCUCGGACGCUGAAGGGUCCGAAUCCAAGCCCGUUUUCUCACGUAUGAUGAAAAAGCCGACAGGUCGCUUACCAGCGAGACUACCAGAGAUGGGCACACCUCAGUUUCCUGUUCAGCAAAACGUUCAAGUGCCUGUGCAAGCGCCAGAACCUUCGCAAGCAUUGGGAUCUGUGCAAGAGCAGAUGAACACUGCUGCUGAUAAUGCGGUGUCAAACGUGAUGGGACAAAUGUCCAACCUCGAACUCCAGGCUCCUCAGUCGUUUCCGCCCAAUCCAUUUGGAGGCAUCCAGUCUCAUAUGGGAUUCGGCGCAACAUGGAAUCUGUUACACUCAAUUGGGAAUGAGCCCAGAGCCAGGUACCCGAAUAGGCCGCAUGGGAACACUUUUGGCUAUCCGCAUCCAGGUGGGAACAAUUUUGGGUAUCCCCAUCCAGAUGAGAACAGCUUUGGGUUUGGUUCAGAUGAAAUGGAUGUUGACGAGUGGCAAACCAUUCCCCCGCAUAACCCUGCUUGGAUGUCUAAUCCAAAGGUUGGCGAGAGUUCCUCUCAGGUAAAUACUACAAUCUCUUCUUCUUAUACGGCUGCCAACAAUAUCCAGGGCUUUCAAUCUAAUCUUCAAAAUGUCGGUUCGUUUCCCUCGCAAUUCGAAGAAGUUUUCGGGAACGACCCAAAUCAGUUCAACCUAGAUUGCUUGGACUCCAGCCCACCUCAGCAGAACAUUGAUCCGGUCUAUCAGAACAUCGACCCAGCACUCUUGUCUACCCCCGCUGGGCCUACCUUUGACCAGACCACUGCUCCAUAUUCUGCUGCGAUGUAUGAGCCAAUGGUCAUGGAUACUCCUGAGGUUUCUAUCCCGAAUACUCCUUCUCCUGUCUCGAAGUUUACCGGCGAGGAUACUACCGGUCGGGAUUCUACUCCGGUGUAUGACCCAAUUAUUGUGGACGCUCCUGAGGUAGCUGUCACAAAUCCUCCUGCUCCUGUCGCCGGCACUACCGGUGAGGAGACCGCUCCAGAGUCUGUUUCUACAGCGUGUGAGCCAAUUGUCGAGGACAUUCCUGCGGCAAUUAUCCCAACCCCUCCUACUCGAGCCAUUACGUCCUCCAGUGAAGAGACCGACAUCCCUCUUCCAGCACCUUCCGUCACUGGGUCUACCAGUGAGGAGGUUACCUCCCCUGUUUCCGAGUCUCCAGCCACUGGGUCUACCAGUGGGGAGACCAACACUCCAGCUCCUGUUUCUCCCGUUUCCCCAAUUUCUACUGCUACUUGCCAAGAGACCACAGAGGUAGCAAUUCCAGUCUCACCUUCCCAGGUGCUUGACAACGACGAAGUUUCAGUGCCUCCAGUUUCUCUAGUUACAGUUAUUUCAGUCCCUGACACCGUCACUGAGGACAAAUCGAAGGAAACUGACGAGGUCACCGUUGUUGCACCAGUGUCCGUUGCUGCAAUCUCUACAACUGUCGAUGUGGAGACUCGGGAUGUCGCAGCUCCAAUCAAUCCGACCCCAGCCAAUGCCACCACCAGUCAGGAAACUGCGGCUGCAGAAGCGCCAGUUCCUAUUGCUUCUCUGUCUGGAAAGGUAAGUGAGAAGGCGGAUGAACCAACCAGCUCUCCCCCAGUGGUCAGAAUCUCAAGAGGAGAUGGCCCAGAUGAUGGAUACUCGGCUUGCAAGACUUGCAAUUAUCUUGGUAGCUCUAGUCAGCAAACUACUACCGAGACGGAAGCAAGUGGUUCUUCAGCGGAGGAGGAUGCACUAGAUGCUGCUCUAAAAUGUUCCGAAUGUGCUCGACCACUGUCUGAUGGGAUGGCACAGCUGGUGAAGAGAUUGGCGAAGGAAAUCGCGAAGAGAGAGCAGGAGAAGCGCGACAAACGCAACGCAAAGGUGAGGACCACCAUGCGAAAAGCUCGAGAUUUCAAAGCGCGUGCUGGGAGCACCAAGGACAACGAAUUCGAUCUCUCAGAUGAAGAGGACGAACCAAAUGUCCGCCGUACGCGGAUUGCUGAACGACUGUUCCUAAAGGAUGAUUCUGAGCCUCCAAAAUUUUCCGUUAUUACUCCAACUGUUGUUGAUCCAAUUGUCGUUGCUGACAUCGCUCCAACUGUUGCUCCAGCUACUACUCCAGCUACUACUCCAGCUGACGCUAAUCCAGCUGCCGAUGUUGCAACUGUUGUAGCUCCAACAGACGUGGCCAAUAUCGCAUCAAUCGCAGCUCUAGCUACCGUUACUCUAACUACCGUUUCUCUAGCUGCCAUUACUUUGGCUGCCGUUGCUCUAGCUGCCGUUCCUCCAGCUGAUGUUCAAGCCACAGUCCCAACUCCAGUGUUCCCUCAGAGAUUGAGAAAACGCGCAGCAUCCUGUCCAGCCAUCUUGUCGCAAGAGGCUGUUGAUCAAGGAGUUGUUACUGCUCCGGACAACGUCGAUGCUCAGGACAACGUCGAUGUUGCAGCUGCAGUCGAGCCGUUACCUUUGGUCGCAGUCAAUAAUACUCCAGCUGCAGUCAAGAAGUUUUCCUUGGCUGAAAUUAACAAGAUCCUAGCUGCAGUCGAGAACUCUCCCUUGGAUACGUCGCCUUUGGUUGUAGAAUUAUUGGUUAUUGCACCAUUUGCAGUCAAAUUUUCACAUUUCCUCGCAAGAUCAAAGGCGGCAUUCUCACGAGCGUUCAAGAUCUUCAUCUUCUUCCUUUUGUCCAUUUCCAUUAUGUCGGGCUUACAGUAUUUGCAAGUGGUCGACUGCUCGGCUCCAACCACAGCCACAUCUCCCAUUGCGAAGGCAGCAAUGCAGGCUUCCUGUAGUUUGCCGUAUGGAGCAUCCACUGCAAAAGACAUGGUGAGCGAUCUUGAGCAGAACAUCAGAUCCAGCGUUGUCGGAUUUGCUCAUGAUACCGGAAUCGGAAUCUUUCAAUUUCUCAAUGAUUCUAUUGAUGGUACGGUUUCCUCGCAGCAGACAGACGACCCGAAUACACCGCCAUCCGCAACGUCAUUUAUCCCGUUUGAUCCUAUGACUUGCAGAAAUGUCAUUCCGCUUGUUCCCGCAUCUAAUUACCGGCAUUACUAUGUCAAACCAGUGUGCUUCCCGCACGAACGAUGGUCGACCCAAACUUGGUAUCCGCCGGCGACUCCCGGCGAGAAUUUGGUCAAAGCAGUUUGGGCCUCGUUUUUCACUGGUUCGACAGUCUACUUCAUACAGCAGCUCUAUCGUCAUGCUUUCAACGGUACACAUGUACAACAUUUCAUUGGUGUUCAAUCACCCUCACUUUUCAUUUUCGGUAGUCCGAAUUCUACAAAGAUUGGCAUUCGUAGCCCGACAGACAUGUAG